GGUUACUGAUGUUUCUUCCCGCGACAGGCGUCUUGUUGUGUUGUCAGUCUCGUGGCGUUUUUGGUCAGUUUUUGAGUAUCUUCUUUCCGGGUGGACAAUCGGAAUGCAAGUGUCAAGUUCUUUGUGCCGUGCUCUCUAUCCGAGUAGCCUGUGUUCUCAAGUUUGAUCUCUUAGUGGCUGAGAAGUCCACAGAGGAGGCGCGGCAGUGCGGCCACAGGAGAAGUUUGUUGACUCAGACCUCGUCACGGUGUGCGCGCAUUCUCUUCCUGCCCUCUCCUCGACGAAGUUGCACAUUAUUCUAUGAACACAUUCGGACCGCCGCACUUCGGAGCAGAUUCUUUUUGUGUUAGGUAACCUAAUCUCAGUGGAGCAACGUGGAACUACUUACCAGUGAAGGAGCAUGGUACGUAAGUAUCAGCAAAACAAUAUACAAUGGGAGUUCAUCGAGGGUGCAUCAUGCAGAGAUUUGACGGACGCGGCGAGAGAGUAUUAUUUCGAAACAUUUACGCUUGGUGGACGGAACAACAGCUGAAAGAACAAGACAGUGGAAACUGAAAACUCCAUAAUGUGAACGUGGAAGGAAGACUUUGAAACUUGACAUUAUAUUUCAUACGACAGAAAACAUUCUUCAAUUUGUUAUCUGGCUCCACACGUGUUUAAUUUGAUUGGGGUUUGAUGAAUGCACUGGCCGUGGACAGUCACGUGGUGUUGUUGCGGUAGCCCCGAGGACAUAAAUAGUAACUACAGCUUCCUUUAUUCCGUUGAAUAGUUUAAAAUGAACUGAGCUAUACGAGUGCAGCAUUUUGUAUCCUGGAAAAUGAAAUGAUACACAGUAUUACAUUAUGAUACAUAAUGAUAUAUUAUAUAAUAGUAUGGUUGAAACAGAUGUAAGGAAACAAGUCAUCUGUGUUUACGUGGAAAGACUUUGAAACUUGACAUUUUAUCCCAGACGACAAAAAACAAAACAAGCAACAACAAAAACAAGCAGACGUCCUCAUUUCUUAUCUCUUGGAACAUGAACCAAUACACCUGAUGGUUGCGAUAGAAGGAAGGAAAAGAGCCAUGCGCUUGAACCUGAGUAACCUGGUGGGCUGUGUGAUGAUGGUGGUCACCGCUCUGGUUAUCCUCAACGUGGUGGUCAUCCUACAGUCGCCGCGGGCAGAGCCAGACUUCUUCUCUCAGUCUCAGCAGUCCCCGGAUAGAGACGUCUCAGUUUUUCAACCCAAAGCUUGGGGAGAAGAUACCAGACGACCAGCCACAGCCCACAACGUCACCGCUGACCUGCCCAGGAUAAAGGUCAAGGUCAUCUCCACUCAAGUCUGUCCAGGUUUGAGCGUCGAAUUCUCAACAUCUGCGGAUGGAACAUUCCAGCGAGUGGACGGGUACCGGGCCCUCCUGUACUCGGCUCACCUGGAUGAGGAAGAGGGCGUGGUGCGGGUGGUUCUGCUCCGACUCCGGACCAACCCUAAGGGCGGCCUCCUGUGCCAGGGAUGGUACCCCGGGCGGGAGGGGGAGCCCCUGGAGGUCGUGGAAGGCGGGAUCAUGGAUCUGCCGGAGAGUCAUGGGCGGAG